AUCAAAGAAACAAAAACUCGGCUCGAUUGUGCAAGUUCAAGUGUUCAACACUUAAUAAGUUAUUCAAAAUAAAAAAUCAAGUGAAUUCAAUCUAUACGAGUAUCAAAGAAACUAAAACUCGGCUCUAUUGUGCAAGUUCAAGUGUUCAACACGCAACCUUUUACCAAAAGGCCAAAACCCAAGGAUACGUGUUGAUAUGAAGACUCAUCAAAGUAGGGUAUUGCGGUUUUGCCAUUUUGGGUUUAAUUUACAUUUGUACUCCGUUAAGUGUUGUAACACUACACUAUUCAAGUAUUGGAUUAAGCUUUCAUUGUUUCAUAAACUGGGCAACAAAGUUCACUGUUCGCCGGAAUUUUCCCAUUUCUUGAUACUGAAUUCGAUCAUCAAUUCAUCUGAGUUUCUAAAUUUCCAAAACUUAACAUGCAAUAAAUCUUGAAAUCAGACAAACCAAGAUGUCGCUUUCAACGUUUUCUUCAUCAAUUCACACCCAAAAUUUGUCAAGACAACCUGUAAUACCACGUUCAAGCUCUCUGGUUAGUCUUUUACCAAGGUUGGAACUUGAUAUAGCCGGGUGUAAUACAUCUUAUUUGGGAACUAUCUGUAGAAUAAGGCAGGGUAUAAAGGUGACAGGAGAUUACCAGGCUUCCCCAACAGCUAAUCUUGUUUUAUGUGGGCAUGCUAGCAAUUAUUGUCACAAGUUCCGUGGCUUGAAACUUUGGAUUCUAAAAAAUCUGAACAUAAAAUUGUGCAACAGAAAAUAUGGACAAGAAAUCAAACAUAAAACAUCAAGAGUUCUUGACCGCAAUUUUUUGGCUGAUUCUUCAAGGAUAGUUUCUUCAUACGAGAAUCAGGUUCGAGAUGAAACAGACUCACUUGGUGAAACAAGAAAUGUUUCAAUUCCCGAGGGAAGCUCAAAUCGCAACUCGUCUCCAAAAGUGUCUUUAUUAUGUGGAUCUUCAUAUGUUAUGCAAACAAGUUCCGUUGGUUUCUCUCUUAAGGAGGCUGAGGCGCUGUCUCUUAGUAUUGCAGUUAUAGGAGCAACAGGUGACCCUUCCAGGAAGAAAAUAUUUCCAGCAUUAUUUGCUCUAUAUUACAGCGACUUCCUUCCUGAGAAUGUUCGAAUAUUCGGGUAUUCCAGAGAAAAACUGACAGAUGAAGACCUGAGAUCCAUAGUAGCAUCAACUUUGACAUGUCGUGUUGAUCAUCAGCAGAACUGUGGGAGCAAAAUAGACUCUUUUCUUAGCAAGACAUACUAUAUUGGCGGAGAUUAUGACAACCAAGAAGGAAUCUUGAAGCUCAAUGCAAGGAUGGAGCAAGUUGAGGGAGACCAUGGAGCAAAUCGGAUCUUUUACCUGUCAGUGCCACAAGAAGCUGUGUUAAAUGUUGCAUCCUGUAUUGCUGAUAAAUCACAAACAAAAAUAGGAUGGAACCGUAUAAUAAUUGAAAAGCCCUUCGGCUUAGAUGCUUGGUCUUCUAAUAUGUUGACAAACUCUCUUCUUUUGAAAUUUGAGGAGAAGCAAAUAUACAGGAUGGACCAUCUUCUGGGAAGAAAUCUUAUAGAAAACCUUACUGUUUUAAGAUUCUCUAAUCUAAUUUUUGAGCCAUUAUGGAGUCGUAAAUUUAUACGUAAUGUGCAGAUUAUUCUAUCCGAGGAACUGAUUUUAGAGAGUCAAUCAAGGUAUUCUGGCGAUUAUGGAGUUAUCCGAGAGAUGGUGCAUAGUCAUAUACUCCAAAUGGUAGCACUUCUUGCCAUGGAAACUCCUAUAAGUCUUGAUGGUGAGGAUAUCCGAAAUGAGAAGGUCAAGGUUCUGAGGUCAAUUGGUAAACUGGAACCUAAAGAUGUCAUCCUUGGACAAUACAAGGCUAUGUCCAAAGACAAAAUUGAUGUCUCUGUGACAUCAAUGACCCCAUCAUUCUUUGCAGCAGCUUUGUACAUCAAUAAUGCACGAUGGGAUGGUGUACCAUUUCUGAUCAGAGCUGGGACUGGACUUGUCUCACACAGGAUGGAAAUACGUAUACAGUUUGAUCAUGUUCCAGGAAACAUUUACAGAGGACUUAUGGGGCAUAAUAUUGACCUUGCCACUAAUGAAUUGAUAUUGCAAGAUGUUCCUGAUGAAGCCAUUCUGAUCAGAGUCAAUAACAAGGUUCCUGGCUUAAGUUUGCAUCUGGAUGCUUCAGAACUGAACUUGCUUUACAAAGACAAGUACAGUGCUGAGGUGCCUGAUUCAUAUGAACACCUUAUUCUCGAUGUCAUAGAAGGAGACAACCAUCUAUUUAUGAGAAGUGAUGAGCUCGCUGCUGCAUGGAAUAUUCUUAAUCCUGUCCUCCAAGAGAUUGGCGAGAAAAACAUAAGUCCGGAAAUGUAUGACAUAGGGGGAAGAGGUCCAGAGGGAGCAUACUAUCUCUGGGCAAAACAUGGAGUUCGAUGGGUGGAAGACUAAGUACGCUUUCUUCUUGCUCCCUAACUGUCCUUUUUAACCAGUUCUUUCAUAUUAUCAGCAUCGAGUACAUGUUUUUUAAGUCUGUGUCGCUGUUGUAGUUUUAUAAAAUUGUGAUGACAUUGUUGAUGGGUUGGUAAGAAUGGUAACCAGUGAUAGUACUGCCUAACAUAGAGCAAUAUCGACAACUCGUUGAUACUGCAUAUGGUCUUUAUCGAUGACAUUGACCCAACCCUGAUGAUCUAAAAUUAUGUAAACCAUCUUUUUUCAUUAGAAUUUUUUCUUAAUGGAAGAUUAGAUUAAACUGUAGUUUACUGUGUCAUGAUAAGGGGGCUCAUUUGAGGGGGGAGAUGAGGGAAAUCCCUCAAAUGAGUCCCAUGAGGUGAGAGCGAUGCCACUAUGCCAUCACCUCAUCCUCAGAAGCUGCAAUAAUAUGUGACGCACAAUUUCUAACGUGUUAAAGAACAUUCGGAGUACAAAUAUCUUAUAGGUGAAGAUAUUCUUUAGAAAUUCCACUCGAGAACAAUAAAUAUUGUAUUGGAAAAAUCUUCCACGUUCUUUUUA